CCCUCAGUCUUGAAGCUCCACAUAUUGGAGACAUUAGAGGAUGGAUCGCGAGCAAGAGGAGAGGCAGUUUCUUGGUUUUUUUGGCAUCGUCAAGGAAUCCAUCAAGAUCAUCUCCACAUGGCGGAAGAUCUUCAGCCAAAUCACACUAGCCUUCAUCCUCCCUCUUUCGCUCAUCUUCUUGGCUCACAUCGAGGUUUCCGCCUUCGUCUUUGCAAAGAUCACUCCCGAAUACAACGAGCUCUCCGAUUUCGUGACCUCGAAUGCAAUUGAGCUCUUGCUCUUUACGGUCGUCUCCAUCGUCCUGGUUGUAAUCUUUUCUCUUCUUUCCACGUCCGCGGUCGUGUGCACGACCACGUGCGUGUACACCUCAAGAUCCAUCACUUUCAGGGGAGUGAUGAGGGUCUUCCCAAAGGUGUGGAAGAGGCUCAUGAUCACAUAUUUAUGGAGUUUUCUUGCUAUCUCCAUCUACAUCGUCGUGACUACAGUGAUCUUCUCUCUCUUAAUUGCUCUUAUUCCCUCUCCUGCCAUUGUACUAGCCCUAGUUUUCAUCUUAUACCUCUCUGGGUUGGUGUAUAUCAGCAUCAUUUUGAACUUGGCCUGUGUGAUUUCAGUGGUAGAGGACAUCUAUGGUAUCCAGGCCAUGUUCAAGAGCAAAAACCUGAUCAACGGUAAAUUGGGGAUUUCAAUAGCUAUCAACCUCUUGCUAACGAUUGGGUCCAUGGCAAUCCAAACAGUGUACUGCAUCUUUGUGGCCUGCGGACACGGAUCAGGGUUAUUAAGGUUAGGGGUUGCGGUUCUUUGUUUCUUGUUUCUGCUCAAGUUGCUCCUCUUCAGCCACGUCGCGCAAACCGUGAUCUACUUCGUGUGCAAGUCAUACCACCACGAGAACAUUGACAAGUCGCCGCUGGCAGAUCAUCUUGAGGUCCAUCUUUUGGCUGAAUACCUUCCUCCUACAGCCAGCGACGUCUAACUGGAACAAGUCGGCAUAUAAGUCGGCGUUCGGAUAUUCUAAUAAUGUAAGAGCU